UAGUACAUCCGAAGUUUCGCUACGUACACAUUGUUCUGAUCUGUUCAACUCUCUUCCAUUCACGAUGGCGAGAGCACUCCUGGAGUCCUCGGGCGGCGCGGCGGCAGCGGCGUGGGGCUUCCUGCCGCCGUGGCUCGCGGCGCUCGGCAUGGUCGUGGCGUCGGUCUGGGUCGUCUCGUUCGCGGUGUUCCUCUGCGGCCGCAGCAGCUCGCACGACGACGUCGACGUCCCCAAGAGGAAGCCCGCCGCUGCUGCCACGGUGGCCAGGGCUAGCAGGCCGGCGAGCGUCGCGCCCACCAAGGUGAGGUCGUCGAGGUCCGGGAGCUCGGCGGUCGGCACGACGGGGUGGCACGGAGCCGCGUACGCCUCCGGUGGAUGCCAUGGCCACGGACACGGCCACGGGGGCGGCGGUGGUGGCGGCGGCUGCGGUGGCGGCGGAGGAGGAGGAGGUGGUGGUGGCGGUGGCUGCGGCGGCGGCGGCGGCGGAGGCUGCUAAGUUGGCGGGUUGAUUCAUUCGGUCUUGUGUUGGCAUGCAUGCACGGCGUAUUAAUGGCUGCAUGCAUGCGUGGUCAUCUUCGUUAAGUCAGUCUAGUGAUGUUAAUUUCAAGAUUAUGUGUGUUACGACCAUGGUGUUCUUUUUGGCGAUACAACCAUCGUGUUGGUUAGCUGCGGAUUAGUGUUUCUAUUAGUACGUCUUCCUAGAUUAUCUCCAUCGGAGAGUUAUUUGUUCCUGAUUUUCUUAUUUCAGUGCCUCGAAUGUUGACGACGAAAUGUAAUUCAACAAAUGUGUUUGUUGUUAUGAAUGUUUUUUGUUGCGUGAA